AUGUUGCAUUUCUCUCUAGGCAUAAAACCAAGAAUCACUUUCUUAGGAUCCAUCAUCACUCUCUGCUUAGUUGGAGCAUUGGAUUUUUCAUUAAAUAGUAAGGGCUUAAAGGUGAUAUCAGACUCAUCUCUUUGGAGCAGCAUUUGGAAAGCCAGGCAGCUAGUAGACACAGCAUAUUUACAAGCCCGAAAAAGCUUAAAGGCAAAACUAGAGGAAAAGGUUGCCAACCCAAUGGAUUUCCUGAAGCACUUAAAGGACCCAGUAGGAAGAACCAGAUCUGCAGUCCGUGCUGCCGAUUACUUGGAAACUACUUUGAAACUCCUCAAAAGAAAGCUGCGUGGGAAAUGGAGAUUCAAUGUUACAGACCUACUAGACAGACAACAGAAGGAGAUGAUUUCCAAAGAAACCGGCUGUGACUAUCAGGUUCGCUCCAUUAAAUGCCCAAAGCAUGACAUUUACCGGACCUUUACUGGGGAGUGCAACAACAGAAAGCAUUCUCACCUGGGGUCCUCGAACUGCGCGUUUGCUCGCUGGCUCCCAGCAGUGUAUGAAGAUGGGGUGUCUGUUCCCAGAGGAGCAACUGAAGGAAAGCUGUACAAUGGAUUUCCACUCCCGCUGGUUCGAAAAGUGUCAAAUGAAAUUGCUCACACAGCCAACGAGAACAUCACUAAUGAUCAAGAGCUCUCUCUUUUCUUCAUGCACUGGGGCCAGUGGAUUGACCAUGACAUAGGCUUAUCCCCUUCCAGCGGUGCAGGAGCGAGCCCGGAGCUUCACUGUGAGACCAAUUGCGCCUUCGAGUCCCCUUGCUUCCCGAUUAAGUUUCCCCCCGAUGACCCACGGAUGCUGAAUUCAAACGUUUGCAUGCCAUUCAUCCAGUCGGCAUCCGUGUGCAAUCCCACGACGUUUACUCGUGAGCAGAUCAAUGCCGUCAGCUCGUUCAUGGAUGCCAGCAUGGUGUAUGGCAGUGAAGACUCCGUGGCAAAGAGUAUCAGAAAUCAGACAAACCAGCUGGGUUUGAUGGCUGUGAACCAGAAUUUUACUGAUGCGGGGCUGGAAUUAUUGCCCUUUGAGAACAAAACAAAAAGUGUUUGUGUUCUCACCAACGAGAACCUGAACAUCCCCUGUUUUAAAGCAGGUGACAAACGGGUAACUGAAAACCUGGGACUUUCUGCAUUGCACACGGUCUUUCUACGAGAACACAACCGCCUGGUUACAGAGCUGAGGAAAUUAAAUCCUCACUGGGAUGGAGAAAAGCUUUACCAAGAGGGUCGAAAGAUUGUAGGUGCCAUAAACCAGAUAAUAACAUACAGGCAUUACCUCCCACUUCUGCUUGGGGAGGAGACCAGCAAGUGGAUCCCUUUGUACAGUGGCUACGAUAAGAAUGUGGAUCCUACGGCCUCAAAUGUUUUUUCCCUGGCUUUCCGGUUUGGUCAUGCCUCAGUACGGCCUUUUGUAUCCCGUUUGGAUGACAGUUUUCAGCCUUUGUGUUCAUUAUCCCCUGUCCCUCUUCAUUUGACCUUUUGCGCUACAUGGAGAAUUAUAAUGGAAGGUGGCAUUGACCCACUCAUACGGGGCAUGGUGGUUGAUCAUGCAAAGCUGAUGAAACAGAAUCAACUGCUUGUUGAGGAGCUCCAGAACCGCCUUUUUGAACAGACAGAGAUAAUAGGUCUGGAUCUAGCAUCCCUGAACAUGCAACGGGGAAGAGACCAUGGUCUUCCAGGUUAUAAUGCCUGGAGGCACUUCUGUGGGCUCUCCCAACCUCAAAACCUGGAUGAAUUCUCUGAGGUGCUAGGCAAUUCCAAACUGGCCAAGAAGUUCAUGGAGUUGUAUGGGACACCGGACAAUAUUGACGUCUGGAUUGGGGGAGUCAUAGAGCCCUUUGUUCCCCGGGGCAGAGUUGGACCCCUCCUGGCCUGCAUCAUUGGCACCCAGUUCAGGAACCUGCGUGAUGGGGACAGAUUCUGGUGGGAGAAACCAGGAGUUUUCACUCCGGAGCAGUUGCAUGCACUGACAAAAAUCUCACUGUCGACAGUGAUCUGCCACAAUACUCGUAUCAAAAAGAUACCCAGGGAUGUGUUCAAGGUCAACAGUUAUCCUGAGGACUUCGUUGACUGCCAUGAGAUCGAUGCACUUGACCUCUCGCCCUGGAAAGAUUAG